AAAGAGUCACUUUUCUUUCCUGCUUUCGACUUGUGUCGGAACACACGGUCUCUCAAUGAAGACUCGAGUCCUAAUAAAGCUCCGAUUCAAAAUGAAUUAAAAUAAGAUCUUUAAGUCUUUCGGAGAUUGUUUUAAUGAAUUUGAAGACUGACAAAUGCACGAUGGUCUUCUACUUUUUCAUUAAUAAAAUAUCUGACGAAAAAGUUUAUGAAAAGUGACUCUCUAAGUGGGACACCCUAUAUAGCGCGUUUAUGCUCGAUAACUUCCGGGAACGCGAGUGAUAUGGUGAAUCAAAAGGAAUUCGUAGUUCAACCGGGCGUGGAGUUCGCGAUCGGCGCCCUGGCGGCGGUGGGCGCCGGCUUCUUCACGAACCCCAUGGACGUGGUGAAGGUGCGGCUGCAGUUGCAGGGUGAGCUGGAGGCCCGGGGCUCGUACACGAAGAUCUACAAGAACACCCUGCACGCCGCGUAUCUCAUAGCCAAGCACGAGGGCGUGCUGGCCCUGCAAGCGGGUCUCGUGCCCGCGCUCGCCUUCCAGGUGGUGCUCAACGGCAUCCGCCUGGGUGUGUACAAGUCCGCUCAGAGGUACGAGCUGAUCGUCGACAAGCGAGGUAACACCGAUGUCCUGCGGACCACCCUGGUGUCCGGCACGGCCGGCUGCCUCGGCGCCGUCCUCGGCAGUCCGUUGUAUUUGGUCAAGACGCAGUUACAGGCGCAAUCCGCGAAAACCAUCGCCGUAGGCUACCAGCACAAUCACUCAGGUUCGUGGGACGCCUUCAGGUUCCUGUGGAUGGAGGGUGGCAUCACGGCUCUAUAUCGAGGAUGGAACGCCAACAUGCCGCGCGUAUUCGUUGGCUCGGCGACGCAGCUGACCACCUUCGGAUUAGCGUCGGACUGGCUGCGCUCGUUAAAUAUAUUUCCAGAUCGCCCGAUACUGCUGACCUUCUUGGCCUCCGUGAUCGGAGGUAGUUGCGUAGCCAUCACCAUGCAGCCGUUCGACGUCCUGGCCACGCGAUUGUACAAUCAACAGACAGACGCCAACGGAAAAGGUACCCUGUACAAAGGACUCGGGGACGCGCUCAUCAAGAUAUUCCGUACUGAGGGUCUGACCGGUCUGUACAAAGGAACGUUCCCAACGUGGUUGAGGAUAGCGCCGCAUACGGUUCUGUGCCUGGUAUUUUACGAGCAGCUAGAUCAACUAUACAGCAAUUUUAGAACACGACCCAAUUGAUGCUAGUUGCAAAUUUGUAUAAAUUAUAUGUAUUUACUAUAGGUAUGUAUGUGCGCAGCGAAAAUUUUGUAAGAUUUUUCAAGAACGUUGAAUAUUAAAUAUUGCAACUCUUCGAAUAAAUUGAUGUUACGUAUUGGCA